AUGGCUUCUAUCGCAGCCAGCAGAAUGCCGGCCCCAACAGCGUCUGGUCAAGCAGACACUGCUUCGUCCCAUCCGUAUACCUGCAAUACUUGUCAAGUGGCGUUCAGGAACAGUGACCUGCAGAGGGCGCACAUGCGCAGCGACUGGCACCGAUACAACUUGAAGCGUCGUGUCACCUCUCUUCCGCCGAUUUCGUCCGAAACUUUCACCGAGAAGGUCCUCCAAGCGCAGGCUUCGUCCACAGCCGCCGCAAACAAAGCCGCAUAUGAGAAGACUUGUACCGUUUGUGCACGAACAUACUUCAGCAAGAAUGCUUACCAGAACCAUGUUGGGAGCCAGAAGCAUAGAGCAAAGAUGGCUGCCGCCGAAGGAACGACGAUUGACGAUGCCAGCUCUGUAAUGAGCUCGACAUUCUCACUUGGAGAGCCAGCGACAGUAGCAGUGGAGGAUAUAGAUUCCGACGCAGAGGAGGAGUUCAACGAGGUGGUCGAAAGCAUCAAGAAAGCAAACCUGAAGGAUGCUCCGCCAGCCACACGACGACCGUCGAGACCACAUCACUCGGCAGAUGUUGAGAAGGAAGGUUCCGUCAAGACAGCAUCUUCCGUCACUGCGGCAGAUGAGGAGAUCACUUUGGAAACUGCUUUGAAGCGAUGCUUGUUCUGCAACUACGACUCGCCAUCCAUGGAAUUGAAUGCUUCGCACAUGGAACGUAUCCACGGCAUGUUCAUUCCGGAGCGAAACUACUUGGUUCAACUGGAUGGACUACUUGGUAAUCUGUAUGAGAAGAUUCACGAAUUUCACGAGUGCCUGUACUGUGGAAAAUUGAAGCCUACUGUGUUUGGUCUUCAGACUCACAUGAGGGACAAGGGUCAUUGUAAGAUUCCGUUCGAUACCGAGGAGCAGCAACUGGAAAUCGGAGAGUACUACGAUUUCACCAGUACCUACUCAGAUAUUGAAGAUGAGUCGGAUGAGUCGGAUGAUUUGCCAGGCAAGAAGCAGAGCGGAGGUGUCAAGUUGGGAGCCAGGCGUCAAGCUAAAAUUGACAAGGAUGGUGAUGAGAAUAUGGAGGAAGGCGAUGGAUGGGAGACUGACAGUUCCGAGUCGUCAUUAGACUCUGCCGAUCUCACUGCAGUUCCCGCCGGCCGACAACAUCAAUAUGAGAAACUUGACCAACAUCCUCAUCACUCACAUGAUGAUCCGCGCCCACACCGGAAUAAGGACGGGUGGCACUCACAUGCACACAAACACGCCCAUGCUGUAUUCUACUCCGACUAUGAGCUUCACCUUCCUUCAGGACGGACUGCCGGCCACCGAUCGUUAAACAAGUAUUACAGACAGAAUCUCCACAGCCAUCCUUCCCCUGCAGAGAGACAGGAACAGCUCGCCAUCCAAGAAGCAGCAAGUUCUGAGGAGGAGACAGACGAGAGAAUCAUUCGCCGCAACGAGAGAGAACGUGGCAGAGCAAUGGUUAGCAGAGCAAAUGGUGGCCUCGGAAUGCAAGGUGUGACUGCUGAGAAGCGGAAGGAAGUUGCGAUUAUCGAGAAGCGAGCCAGGAAAGUUCAAGAAAGGGAAACUCGAAGAUAUCAAUGGGGCGUCAACAAGCAAAACAAUAUGCAGAAGCAUUUCAGAGAUCCUCUCCUCCAAUGA